UAUAUAUAUAUAUAUUUUUUCCUAUUUUUCUUUUUUAUUAUCUUAACCAUCUAACCCCCCAUUUUAUCCACCAUUUUACCCCUUACCUAACCUCACAUUUUAUCCACCAUCUUACCCCCCACCUAACCUCCAAUUUUACAUUCCAAUCUUGAUCAUCUAAUUCAUUCUUCGUCAUUUUGGUUAUCAUCGUCAUCUUUCCUUCAUCUUCAUCGUCAUCUUUUCUUCAUUUUCUUCUUCAUCUUCUUCUUUUUUUCAUCUUCAUCUUCUCCUUCUACUCUCAUUUCUCCCCCACAAAGUCAACUCAAGUAAGCAAGUAAGGAAGACACGUGCUCAGAGUUCUCAUAUCACCUUUCUUCUUCCUUUCCUCAUCCCUGAUCCAACCAGACUCAUUUGAAAGGUGGGGAUGAGAUCGUCAUCCCUACAGAGGGUGAUCCCUCUCUCUUUCCUCAGUCUUCCCUCUUUCUUUGUACAUCGAUGAACAUCAUGCGAAUAUUACGUUCUCCCGGUUUACCUUUCAUUACUUUUAUUUCAUGGAUUUAAACUGUAACAAGUGGUUGUCUCACAAACAAAUUGCAAGUGAUAUUAUCAUCUGUGUGUUCUUCGGUGUUUUAUUUAUUGAAAAAUGAAGAAAUAGAAGAAGAAAAAGAAGAAGAAGAAGAGGAAGAAGAUAUUGUUCAUUUUGUUGUUGGAUGUUAAAUUUUGAUUUUAUUAUUGAAAUUUAAUUUGGUCCUAUUUUUAAAGGACCUCGAUUAUUUUAAUUGAGACAAGUGUUCCGUAAACAAGGAAGAUACGUUCAUGUUGCCAGAAAGCAACUUUCCCGUUACAGGGGGCACUAUGCAAACCGAGGAAGUCGUGCCACGUGCACAAUCAACUGGCAUAGACUUGGAUUUAACGGAUAACAGUUUGCAGAAUCAUCUGCAUCAUCAUCAUCAUAAUCAUCAUCAUCAGUCAACUCAAAUCAAGUGCCCAUUGGCACCUCUAACGCAUAUGGCUGUAAAACAAGAACCCCAGGAGGAGGAGGAGCGUAGUCGUGAUACCAGUACACUCAGUCCUCAAACGGACACGAGUUCGGUGCAAGUAUCAUUGGAUGGUAAACAUGUAAAUGAUCAACAAUCGGUUCACCAUCGUCAACUACAAACCUUAGAAGAAACCCCUGGUCAAACUUGUGCUACCGAUCAAAGUAACAGAAAUAGAAACAGUCGGGGUAGAAGGAAAUCAAGAUGGAAACUGAAGUUUCAUCAUCAAGCUUUACCACCAGAAUAUCUCGACCAUUACGAAGCUUCACUUGCACAAGAGGCCUUAAAUUCAUCCUCACCAACUCAUACCAGUGAACAAACAGCACCAAGUCCUGCACCAACAAGUGCUACUUCAACGCCUAGUCCCAUUGCCGAUGUUCAUGGUUGGUUGCAACGCAUUGCUGCAAUGCAACAAGAACUUUGUCCCCAAACGAUGACCCAACAAUGUACGAACUUUAAUUCCGGUCAAGCAUCGGCAUCAAGACGAUCGGUGAUUACAUCUACAUCGUCCCAUGCCUACACUGUGCCUCCUCAUCAUCAUCAUCAUCACAAUCAUCAUCAUCAUAAUAAUAAUAACAAUCAUAAUAAUCAUGGACAUGUUCAGCAAUCAUCUCAGCAAACAUCUACAACGAGACCACCUAUGAAAUAUUCCGAUCUACCAUACAUGGGUGAAAUAACGUUGGACAAUAGUAAACCUAGGAGAGGACGUAAACCCAAAAAGGCAGACAUUUGUCAUUUGAUUUACAAGAAUUAUGGGACCAUAUUACCUGGAACACCUGGUCAUGAAGAAAAAAGAUUAUCUCCUCAAGAGAAACCUGAUUGUCGGGAUCAGUUACCACCUCAGAUACCCUUCCAACGUACCGAUGUUCAGAAUAGGAUUAGUAGUCUUUUAGAAAAACGUCUUACCCAAGAGACUAGGCGGAAUUUUGUCUUGACGGAUAAUACUAACGAACAAGAUGAACCGUUGAAUCUCUGUAUCAGAGAUCUCAAUCAAUUGAAGAUCAGAUUGCUUAGGAAACACGGAAACGUUUACGAGUCUGGACAAGUUAAAAGCGAAGCCUCUAGCGAUGGAGAAGACGUUGAGUGUUUGGGGACGACAUUUGCAAACUCAACAAAUCGAUUAGCAGAUUCGACGAAUCAUGUUAACAACAAUAACAACAACAUUAAUCACGGAUCGGAUGGGUCCACGGAUCCAGUGGUUACACCAAAUCCAGGAUUCGUGUAUUUUCCUAACGCUGGUGUCUUCAUUCAUCCCAUGGCUUUGCAAUCACAGUUACUUUAUUAUCAAAAAAUGGCACAGAAUGAUAAAUGUUUACCACGUGGCACGGAAUAUUCUCAAAAAGAACAAAAAAUAGUACCCAAAUCGAUUUACUCGAUGAUGGAUACGAAAAAUUCGAGUUCAGUGUCACCAACAACACCAACAACACCUCAACAACCCUUAACGGUUCCAGUUCAACCACCGUUAUCACCCAGACCUAAAAGAAAUGCACCGGUUGCUCAAAACCAAGGACAACCAACUAAACGAAAACGUUCGGCUAUUUUCAUUCCACCGAUGCCUUCGGAAAACAACAACAAUCCUGCUACUGAGGUGAGCAUAUGCAAAUUUAAAUUCACCGGUGGUGCCAAACCGAGUUUGCAAGAGAAAAAAAGUCUCUCGGUGGAUUCAGGUGGUAACUUCAGAUACUACAGUGGUACAGGCGACAAAAGUAUGCGAGGUUACGAAUUUUUUCCACGUGAAGCACUGCAACAACAAGCCGGUCAAUCGGGUUCAUCGGCAGGUGCAUUUUUAAAUGCAUCAGGUGAAAAAGUCCAACCACCGGUAGUUUGUCAACGUUCAAACAGCCAAGAAGAUGGUCGACGUAAACGUAAAACUAGAAAAUCACUUCAACGAGAAAAACUUGAACAAACCUUCAAAGAAAAAGGUUUUCUCAUUCAAACACAACAAUUGGAAUCUGCUGAGGGUGCAACUUAUUGUAAAUUUCGUCAAUUGAGAAAAUUCACGAGAUAUUUGUUUCGAAGCUGGAAAGAUUAUCUCCCGGGUAAUGUGCGCGAAUUAUCUAACAACGGUGAGGGUGAAAUAGUCGAGGGUGACGUUGAAAGUGACGCAACUGGUAUCGUACCAUCACCAUCACCAAUUUCUCAUCCAAAUCUCGACGGUUCACCUACAUUCGUCGAAGAUCAUCGAACUCUUCCUCUCACGUGAACAAAAUAAAACUAAAGUGUGAUAUUGGUGCUUCUUGUACGUGUACGUGUAUAUAUAUAUAUAUAUGUGUGUGUGUAUGUGUGUGCUUGUCUUCGAAUUCUCGGCCACGGAAACGAUAAAGUUUAUUUGCUGUUAAACGAGGGAUGUGGGAGGGUGUGUAUACUCGGGGUUAUGAAAAUAUGCACCAAUGGAAUUAAAUGAUAACGAUAAGUCAUAAAUGUUCUAUCACUUUCUAUUUCUUUCUAAUUUUUUUUCUUUCCUUCUUUUUUUCACUUGCAAGUUGUUGCAUUUAAAUGCAGCAAGUAGAAAUUU